CUGGCCGGAGGCGUGAUCCUGGGCGUGGCCCUGUGGCUGCGCCAUGACCCGCAGACCACCAACCUGCUCUACCUGGAGCUGGGCGACAGGCCUGCACCCAACACCUUCUACGUCGGCAUCUACAUCCUCAUCGCCGUGGGCGCCGUCAUGAUGUUCGUGGGGUUCCUGGGCUGCUACGGGGCCAUCCAGGAGUCGCAGUGCCUGCUGGGGACGUUCUUCACCUGCCUGGUGAUCCUCUUUGCCUGUGAGGUGGCCGCCGGCAUCUGGGGCUUUGUGAACAAAGACCAGGUGAGCUGGACCCUGGGGAUGGCCAGCCCCAGCUGGGUUCUCGGGGGGAGGGAGCAGCACCCCCUGCCAGGUUGGGGGACAGUCAGGCUGCGACUCAACUGCUGCGGCUCCGAUGCGCUGACCACCCUGACCACCUCCAUCCUCAAGAACAACCUGUGUCCGUCCGGCAGCUCGCUGUUCACCAACCUGGAGGCGGACUGCCACCAGAAGAUCGACGACCUCUUCUCCGGGAAGCUGUACCUCAUUGGCAUCGCGGCCAUCGUGGUCGCCGUGAUCAUGGUGAGUGAGCAUGGUGCUGUGCUGCGGCAUCCGGAACAGCUCCGUGUACUGAGGCCCCGCCCGCCGGCCGCCCGCUGCCCGAGGCCUGGACGUCGAGAGGGGCGGGCACCGCCUUGUAGAUAACCUGCCCGGUAUUACUCUGCUACACUUCUUAGCUUUUUUACUUUGGAGGAUUUGCUCCCCAUUAUCUUCCGGGGCUGACAGCUCCUGUAGGUGGCAUAGGAGUAGGCCUUGGGGACCGCAGGGCAGGGUCCCCUCUGCUGCUGGGGCCCCGUGGGGGCUCUGCCUGCUCAGCCAGGCUGCCGCCCCCACAGGCUCCGCCUUUUUUAAUCCUCGUUCCCUUCCUGCCACCGGCCUCAGAGCUGGGUCUGUGAGCAGCCUCUGCCUUCGACGCACCUGUCCUUUCUAAUGCGGCACCUUCCAUUGUAACUACACCUUGAAAGUCACUCAAUAAAGGAGGAGAAACUAGGCAUGUAACACGC